AUGAAGGGUGCCCCUCCCCCUCCACAAAAGGGGGCCGCGCCUUCGCAAGCCUCGAAAGCGAAGGCUGCACCUCCUGCCGCCCGUUCAGCCAGGCUGACAACAGGGCAGCGCAUUGAAGCCAAGGACUUGUAUGGGGUGGCACUUUACGAGAAGCAGGACCUCUUGUACAAUUUGGACAGGAGGCAAUUCAACAAUACGGUCCUUCAGUCGAUGUCCAAUGAAGACUUGAGCGACCCCCGCCAAAUUUAA